CGAUCUCUCCGCUUCCGGCUUUGCUGUUCGGUUUGUUAUGGGAGUUCUUGAUUUCUUGAUUUCUACCUGAUUUGAGUCCCCUUGUUGAAAUCGCAACAUGUCAGGGGCCCGCGACUUCAAACGGACCGGACGCCCCCCGAAAAUGUACUUGAUCUCUACGGAACAGCAUAUACAGGAAAAUCACAUUCUGCUUCUGCGGGGGACCAUGUGCGUGGAGAAGCCUCUCAAGAGCAGAGGCGAGUUCGUGUGUGUAAAGGUGCUGGAAAAUGCCAUCACUCUGUCAGUGGAGAGAAGGGCUCUUCUGGAGGUACCAAGUGACUUUGUUGGCCUGUUGGAGCCGGUGGAACCAGAGACUCGCCUGAAACUACUGAGUAAGCUGUUACAGCAGGUGGGGGGGAUUUAUGUUAUUCAUUGUGAGAUUUCGUUGUUUUCAGGCAAUCCUCAGAAGUUGUAUGACUUGGCCAGUUUGCCCAUCGGCACCCCCCUGUGGGUCCGAACGGGUCCAGGGGAUGACUUUUCAGAAGCUGAACUCAAAUAUUUCGGGCCUCUGACACCAGGGAGCAGAGCUCAGUUUUUUGGGGUGCAGCUCUUGGGCUCAGCAGCGGGCAAAGGCAAGGGCACUGGCAAUGAUCUUUUCACCUGCCCAGACGGAAGUGCCAUUUUUCUCCCAAUCAGCCACAUCAAGCCCCGACACAGGACUCGCAGCCCAGAAGGCCAAGACAGGCAGCGCCAACCCCGCCGCAGUGUCACCCGUCGUCGUACCGUGAACAUCCAGACACAGAGUAAUGGGCACCACGCAGAGCGCUUGCCCCUGCCACCCGGGCAUCACAGCCAGCUUCCACCUCAGCCUCAGUUGCUGGGUGUCCUCCAUGGAGCGACCGAGCAGUCGCCUGCAGCAACUCUGCGUGUUGGCCAACGGGUUAGCAUGUCCCUGGAGGGCUCUGCCGUUAGCGGAGAGGUGCGCUUCUGUGGUCCCCUGCCUGGUCGGUCUUCAUCUGAGACCUACGUGGGUGUGCUGCUGGACACUCCGGUUGGCGAUUGGGAUGGAGUUCAUAAAGGAGAGAAGCUGUGUCAAAUUCCUUAUGCCGCAUAUGGAAAGCUGCUGCCGGCAUCUGAGGUGUUCCCAGAGUCCCAGCAUCCCAAAAUCCCUCCCCCCCAAGUCCUGAAAUCUGUCAUGAACACUUUGCAAACCACCACCAAACCUUUGUCAAUGCCUGCAUCCGCCCCCAAGGUGGCCCUGUUGCCACCGAACAAAAAAACCCACAAACCCGUUCCUCCGCCACCACGGCCAAAGCUGGUCCACAAUCACCUGCCUCCGCCCCCUCCCCCACCUCCCAAGCCAGCGGGCAUGGUCGCGGCAAUCCCCGCAGUGCAUCCCACAAACGGCAUGCAUAGUCCACCUUCGUCGCCCAGGUCAGCAGACGUAGAUGAGGCAGCGGUAGAGCACGGGGAGAUCCUGGAGGUGGGCUCCAUGGUGGAAGUGAACGACCCACCCCUUUAUGGGGUGAUCCGCUGGAUUGGGAACAUUAGUGGAGUUCCAGAAGUGGUGGCGGGCAUCGAGCUGGAACAGGAGCUGGCGGCCGGAACCGAUGGCAGGUACCUCAACGAACGCCACUUCCGCUGCCCGCCCAACAAGGGGCUCUUCGUCAAGCUUUCUAACUGCAGGCGGGAUUCCAGAUUCCCUGCUCCUGAAGCCCGUGUCAAUCAAGUGGAGCGCUGCAACUCCAUAGCCUUCGCAGAGUGGGGAAGCGAGCGUGUGGAGGACCACACGCCUCCGAUGGAUGGUGAUGAGGCCAAGGAGCUGUACCAGGGCUGGAAGAGAGGCAUCCAGGGUCAUCUCAACUCCUGUUACCUGGAUGCUACGCUCUUCAGCCUCUUUUCCUGCUGUAGCUCGGCAGACUGGUUGUUGUUUUGGCCCUCGGAAGAGGAAGAGGACCAGAGCUCGAGCCGAGCACAGGACCUGCUGCGCUGCGAGAUCGUCAACCCCUUGCGCAGGUACGGCUAUGUGUGUGCCAGUAAGACCAUGGCCUUGAGGCGACUGCUGGAGGCCGCCAACAGAAACGCAGGUUUCACCAACCAGGAAAAAGAUCCGGAGGAGUUCCUCAACAAGCUCUUCCAGCUCCUCCAAGUCGAGCCGCUCCUCAAGAUUAGAUCGAUGACUCAAAAGCCACAGGAGUGUCACCUCUACCAGCUUUUCCCGCCUCACGCCCCUGCCUCCUCAUCCUUGCCAUCCUCCCCUCAUGAGUCCCCCGUUUUGUUGCCCUCGCCGCUUUUCAGUCGCAUGAAGGUGGCCAGCGUGCAAGCCCUGCUGGAGUCCUCCUUCCUCCACGCCGGCCUCAAGUUUGUGGAGGCUCCGUCCUGCCUCUUACUGCUCAUGCCUCGCUUUGGAAAGGACUUUAAGAUGUUUGAUGCCAUCUUGCCCACCCUCCACAUCGACAUCACAGACCUGCUGGAUGACACGCUGAGGCAGUGUAGCAUCUGUCAGGCUGUAGCACGAUGGGAGUGUGUGGAGUGUUAUGAGGACCGAGACAUCACGCCCGGACAUCUCAAACAGUACUGUCACACCUGCAACACUCAGGUCCAUAAUCACAGGAAGCGUGGCUCCCACUCCCCAGUUGAGAUUGGCAUCCCCGAGGCGGCGUUGAGUGGCCCGAACAACUGUGCCCGCCAGCAGAUGUCUCUCUUUGCUGUGACAUGCAUCGAGACCAGCCAUUAUGUCAGCUUUGUCAAAUACGGGCCUCAGUCCUCUGACUGGCUCUUCUUUGACAGUAUGGCUGACCGCGAAGGAGGUGAGAAUGGCUUCAACGUGCCCCUGGUAAAGCCGUGCCCGGAGGUGGGCGGCUACUUCAGCCUGUCAGAGGAGGAGCUUGGCAGAGUUGACCCCGCUUCCUUCCGGGAGCCGGCUCGCCGGCUGCUGUGUGACUCUUACAUGUGCUUAUACCACAACCCAGAGCUCAGCCUCUACAAGUGACUUCUCACUUCAGUUAUCUUUAAAUGUUCCUGGUGAAAACACUCUCUUUCAUAAUCAGGUCUCACUUGUCAGUUAAAUGAGUUCAAAAUACUAUUUAUUGAACACACUGUUUACAGAAUUCUAAUUGCUGUUUUUACAUGUGUACAUGUUACAGUUUGCGUUGCACUGCUGAGAUGUCUCUUGAAUGUUUGCACUACUUACAGUUGCACCCCAAAUUACUGUAAAUGAUAUUUCUCUGCAAUGUUUAUAAACUAGCAGUAGUUUGCGAUAAACUCAACAAAACAAAAACAAUUUAGAUAACACAGCACAUCUAAUCCUACAAAUUGUUUACUAUGACUAUUUAGUUUUUAAAUUGGUCACUUUGUGCAUUUUACAAAUAUACAUUUUUUAAACAUUGGUGUGGAAUAAUUUUAUAUGCAACUGUCAGCCAUGAUGUCGGAACUUGAUUUUUUUUU